AUGGGUCACAAUCUAGUCAUGGUAAUCUUUACAAUAUUUUUGUUACUAUGCUCAGCUUCUGCUAGUAGAGUUAGAGAUUUCUUAGCAGCUGGUGACUUCGAUGUGACGAGUCCAAAAUAUGGUGGAAAGCCCAAUGGUGACAUUAGUCAGCCUAUGGCAAAUGCUUGGAAAGAUGCAUGCGCAGCGGCAUCGCCAAGUAGAGUGAUUGUUCCUAAAGGGAUAUUCCAUCUAAAAGGAGCAGUUUUCAAAGGUCCUUGCAAGGCUCCUAUUGAAGUUCAGGUUAAUGGCUUAGUAAAGGCACCAGCAGAUGGUGCUCAACUUACAAAUCGUGCAGUUUGGAUCCAGUUUAGCCAACUUGAGAAGUUCACUCUAUCAGGUAGUGGAACCUUUGAUGGUCAAGGACAAAAAACUUGGAAAGAGAACGAUUGCAAUAAAAAGCCCAACUGUUUACCUAAUGCUAUUAGUUUGAGGUUCGACAACGUCAAACAUUCAUUAGUUAGGGAUGUGACAUCAAUCAACAGCAAAGAGUUCCAUGUCAAUGUUUUAGGGUGUGAGCAACUUACAUUCCAACAUUUCACCGCCACAGCACCUGGAGAUAGCGUUAACACAGAUGGAAUACAUAUCGGGCGCUCAACCGGAAUUAACAUUACUGUAACAAAGAUUGCCACCGGAGAUGAUUGCAUUUCCGUCGGUGAUGGUACCAGACAACUUACAGUAAAUAAGGUAACUUGCGGACCAGGUCAUGGAAUUAGCAUUGGAAGCCUCGGAAGGUAUCCAAAUGAAGACCAUGUCAGUGGUAUCAAUGUUAGAGACUGUACCCUUACUAGUACGUUGAAUGGUGUUAGAAUCAAAUCAUUUCCUUCUUCUCCUAAGGCUACCACCGCCUCAGAUAUUCACUUUGAGCACAUCAUCAUGAAUAAUGUUGCUAAUCCAGUCCUUAUAGACCAAGAGUACUGCCCUUGGGGACAUUGUGAUAAAAAGACUCCAUCAAAAGUCAAGAUCAGCAAUGUGAGCUUCAAGAACAUUAGAGGGACAUCUUCAACUCCAUUGGCUCUAAAACUUCUAUGCGCCAAGGGAUUGCCAUGCGAAAAAGUGGAGCUGAGUGACACAGAUCUCAAGUUAAGUGGCCAAGGGACUCUUACAUCUCACUGCGCAAAUGUGCAGCCCACGAUUACUCGAGUGCCGCCAGCUCUUGCUUGUGCUACCAAGGCUUGA